UCACUUCAUCUCCGGCACUCCUUGCAUCGGCAGCAUUGAGCAUGGGCAUGUGCUGGCGGCGGGGCCCAGCGAGACACCUAACACAAACCGGUCAACGGGAGGGCCUCAGCACACGCCAUCUAGUUUGUCCCGAGCUGCGGCUAUGCGCGCAUGCCGAAGAUUCCAGGGACGAUGACGGGUAAACCCACGACUUGGCAAGAGGAGAAAUUGGCACUCGGGACGAAUUCAGUCGAUCGCGGGGGACGUCUUCACAGUUGGAAUAAAGAUGAUUGGAGGAGCUUCGGUGUGAUUCUGGUAUCUCACUUACGCGGAUGUUUAAACAAGAUUUCUCGGUAAAAAAAAAACUUCAGCCGGGGCAGACUUGAUAAAAUCUUCUCUUGGAUUUUAUGAUAGGAGUGUGGAGACCCUUCUGCAUGAAUUACUCGUCCGAUUUCACCAUUUUCAGCACUGACGAAGGCAUUGUGGCUUCAUCGUGAAGUUGAUCAGCAUGACCAAGCUAUCUUGUGAAUGACAGGAAAUAUAGUUGUGUUUGGUGGUUUAUUUCUUCCUUCGUGCACUGUCUACGAUGGAGAAUUGCAUAACGGCUGUGAUGGGGUCAUAUUACGGCGAAUCCCGAUGACCACGUUCAUAUGUGUUCUUAUUUGUGCGGAAUGAUCGGGAGCGUUUCUGCUGCUCUACUAUGAAAGAGAUUCACAAGUCUUGUGCCAUGGCGACCCCAACUGUACUGUUGCAACGAGCCAAACAGGUUUAUUAAAAUGCACAAAUACUUUCGGAAGUCCAUUCAGGCGAGGAAAGUACAAAAAAGCCAACGAAGGGAGAAAAGCUACGCCAGGAGUGUUCUUUUGUAUUCCCUGACCUUGCAGUAAAAGCAGGAUAAUGGAAGUUGAGGCGGUCUUCGUAUAAAGUAAAAUGGUCAGGUCGUAAACUCGACAUGUUUGUUAGGUUCUGUCGUUUCCACGCCUGCUGUGAGGGUAUAUUUCACACGAAGGAGGAAGGUGUUUGAUAACUUGGACACGGGAUAGUGAACUCGAUGAUUCAGGACGGAUUUAAAUGUCCCAUUGCCGCAGUUUCCGUGUUAAAAUAUGCAUUGGAUUGCCAUGGAAGACUCGGUGAAUCCGGUCGAAAUGUUGACGGGUUGAGAGGCGCGACUGACGGAGAAUGCUGUAGUCGUCUCGCCUCGUCCUUGCCGAGGCUCUGUAGGCGUCAAGGCGAAACGAGUUAAUAAAAUGAAGAAGAGGUCGAGAUACACGGGCAUCCCUCGAUCGAAUGACGCUGACGGGGACAUGCAGGAUGGAGGGAGCUCCAGUCCUGCCACGAGCAGCCAGAGUGCCUACCAGAGCACGAGUAGUAUGCAGGCUACCCGCUUGCUACCACCCACCAGCAAAGUGGUGGCUGCACUUCGACAUGGUGACCUGGAGGGGCACGUCCGGAACUUUGGUCGGCACCUCCGGCGUCCGGGAGCGGAGGACCAAACGACACUGGAUCAACUCCUCGACGGACUGGACGAUCUGAGCUCCGUGGAUAAGUACAUUUACUGUCGGAUCGUGCAGCGCCUUGCGGAGACUCUCUUGGAACACUGCUUGGGUUACCUGUGCACUGACGCAGGUAACCCGGAUGUCUGUCUAGAUCUGAAGAUGCAGAGCGUUCUGAGAAUUCUCUGGAUGUCUUGUUUGUACCCCCCUGCUCUGCAGAGGAUUGCUCAGGCGGGAGUAGACCUGAUUCCGAUGAUGAACAGACUGAUCUUGUCUUGUCUCAGAACAUCUGAGAAUCUUCGUGAGAACAAAGCGAACAGGCGGCAUGAGCAGCAGAGAGAAAGGAAGAUAAGCCGAGAGUCUGUAUCGUCCGCUUCCGAGGAACUUGUCUUGUCUUCUUACAGUAUGAACAGCGUUGUUGUCUCAGCUCUUGCCAUCUCUUACAACUGUCUGUACGCUUCGUGGGAUCGCGACGUCAUUGUAGUCUGCUGUCAGUGUGGCUUCAUCCGGACAGUAGUGAGUCUGCUGAGCCGCACGAGGAACAUUAUCAUCGGAGAGACCUGCCUGCGAAUCCUUGACCUGAUGGGCCAGAGCGGAGGCAACACGUCCCGGACUUUACUGCGUGAGUACCAAGUCAUGAAGGAGGCUAGCCGACUCUGGCAUUACAUGAUUCGCAGGGAUCUGAUCACGAAAUCAGGGUUUCUGGUAGCCGGACUGAUCGCACGGCUUGGAGAGAACCUUCGGCAGGCGGACGGCACCUACACGGAGUGGACCUGCAACCCGGGCACGACCAGCAAGCGAGCCCCAGUCUACCGCACCCCCCAUCUCAAGAUGAUCCGCUGGUGUUCUUCACCAGGUUGCAACCGGUCCGAGGAGCUUAAAAACGGUCCGAAAUUCAGGCUGUGUUCGAGGUGCAGACUUAGUAGAUACUGCAGCGAGGACUGCCAGAGAUUUCACUGGAAUCGAGGUCACAAGGUGGAGUGUUUCCCUCUGAUGUCAAGAGAUCAUAGUGUCACUGUGCAAGAGGAACGCAGUUAACAUCUGCCACAUUAACUUUUAGCGAAAUUCAUAGAUUGGACACUAAAUAUCUGACCAUAUUACGACCGCAAAGUCAUUUAAUGAAGCAGCGUUCAUUUCUAGAUACACUCAACACCAUGCAGAACCUCUCAAACAAAUUAUAAGCAAAAAGUCCAAUGAAAUAAAACUAUACUCCAUCAAUGCUAUCAUCACCGAUUGUAUAUGGUUUCUGGAAAAGCUACUUGUAUGAGAAAGGUGCUAAAAUACACACCCGGUACAGCGUAACACAAAAAACACUCUAUAUAACGUCGGAGUGAUCAAUACCUUUAUUUAAACAUGUAGUAAACCAACUAGUCCAGAUUUUUGCAGGACGCCGUGUUGUCACCACAGUUAUCAUAAGGGAAGCGGUCGAUCUGAAAAAAGGUUCUCCUAUUUCUACUUUUCAAUACGACGUGUACAGUACUCGAAUGCAGGGCGCUUUCCCUUACACUUCCCAAUAAAGUAUAGGGUACACUAGGGGUACGUUUUUCUUCCGAACUCUUCACGCACGUUGUGAUAGCUUAAGAGGUUUAGGCAUUCUUUAUCAGCAAUAAGGAGUAAGUUGACCGUAAGUUUGCUAUAUCGGGUGUUUUUCCUAGUUUUCUAGUGCCUGCAGUAAAAAUAUGGCAAGCUGUUUUGUUUUGGUUUUUUUUUGGGGGGGGGGUUACAAAACUGUAACAAAUUGGGAAGGGGUAACAAUUGGGAGAUAAAGAUGUGAAGUUCUUUCGCACCGGAUGCUAUCAAACUUUGUGUGCAUAAUCAAAACAAUUAGUAGUUAAUGCUGACUAUAUUGAAACCAGUUAACUACCUACAUGCCUAGCUUGCUAAUAGUUACUCACUGGUUGAUUGCCUAUAGCAGCGGGUUCUGCAAUAAUUCAUGUACACGAUUUACAUAAAGUAAGUAUCCAGCAAUAGUUUGUCGCACAGUCGAAAAGGAGCUGUGCUGUCAUAAUGAAGUAUUCCUGUACGUGCAGUUGGGGCCAACUAAAUGUUUCAUGUUGCCUCUUUGGAUGGGAUAAAACAUGGCUACUCUUCAACGUACUCAACAGGAGUUCAAGGGAAGUUCACGUGUCUCAGUAUUAUGAAACUCCUGGCCUUCUGAAUUUCUGUUAUUCACUUUUUACGUGGAAACUUUAAUGUUUGUUAUUAUAGGGGAAACUGCCAUACGAGGUACAAAUGUAUUCCUAUCCGAAUAUCUUGCUUUAUACUAUUAAGCAAAACUUAGAGGCUGUAGAUUGUUGUUAUAAUAAUGUUGACCUGUUUGAAUUUUAAAGGUCAAUGGCUGUAUAGUUCAAAUGCCGUGGAGCAAUAAUAAUGCAUGUAUCUAAAGAUGUUAGCGAUCCUUCCGAAAAAAUACAAACAUCUCUCUGUGGCCUCCAGUCCAAAUUAAGCUAAUCUUGAAUCAUGGAGUUCCUGCUAGGUAAAACACAGCGUUUUUCUUUUAUACUUUGAUGUUAACAUUUUUGUUGCGUAUGACAUGAAUCAUUUUGUAUGACUUGAGAUAUGACAAGUUUGGUCAACAACUAUUUUAACAACUUGAAAGUAUUAUACAGUCAAGAAAUACUCAGUAUUGGAAGGAGUUUUAAAGCUUUGGCUAUGGCUAUGGCUGUGGCUACGACUGUGGUCGUGGCUUCAGCUAUAGCUGAAGCGAAAGGAGCGUGAUAAAGAUGUAUGCAUAUCCGGGAACGAGUAAUACAAAUACUUAAAAAAUUACAUUUUUGUUUAUUUUUCUUAUAAAAAACAUCUAAACAAAUAUUAAGGACCGAGAACUGCGAAAAGGGUGACUUGAACUUGCAAUUUCUUCUUCUGAUAAAAUAUCUCACAUCAACACUGUUUACUUGGUAUAAUAAGGGGUGUACGUUAGAUAGAUGACGGUUUACCUAAUCAAACAAUGUGUGUGAUUUCGCAAUGAUUAUCAGUAACUAAUGACUAAAGCAUUCUGGUUUUCAUAUUGCAAAAGUUAAUGUUCUUCCGGUGAGAUUCAAAAUGAUGCAGACUGAAACCAAAUUCCAAGUGUCUUGUUCAGCUUCAGUGGUCGUGGAUUUCCUAACGGUUCAUUUUAUUAACAUGAAACAAAUAAAGACAAUUGUUUGUACACUCGCAAACGA